AACCUUGUUUCUGCCACUAUUAAAAUAUUUUUUAGUUGACAUUUUUAGACUUUAUCCAAUCAAAAUGGCAAACGAAGAAGAACCGCAACAAAAGCUAAUUAUUACUGAUUCUUCGAAAAUUUACGAAGAUAUGUCACCUUAUUAUUUGAAGGACACGUUUUCCGACAUUCAGAUAAUCCUAUCCGAUAAAACAAUUCAUGCGCACAAAAUUGUUCUCGCUGCUAGGUGCAAAUAUUUUGAGACCCUUUUAAUGCAAGACCCAAAACAAACCGAGAUUAAAUUAGUUGAUGUACCUUCAAAAGCGUUUGAAGAAAUAGUGUAUUACAUUUAUACAGGAUCAGUUGUGAUUGCAUCAUUCGAUAAAAAUCAUAUAUCCGAUAUAUUGGAACUAGCAAACGAAUAUUCAUUAAAAACACUGGAAAAAAGUAUAUAUGAAAAAAUCAAUGUUAUUCUGAAUUCGUCGAAUGUUUGUUUCUUUCUAAACGUGGCCAAUGCACACGACAUGGACGAAUUAAGACAAAAAUGUCAUACUUUUAUCGAUGAACAUGUUUCACAAACGUUAGAAUAUGAUUUUUUAAAUAGCCUUACCCAAAAAUCUAUGGUUAAAUUAUUGAAAAGGGAUGCGUUUCUGGUUAAAGAAAUUGACGUUUUUAAUAUAGCGGCGAACUGGUGCAAAAUUAACAAAGAUGUAGAUAACUUGGUUAUUGAAUGUGUUCGGUUUUCUUGCUUAACGCAAAAUGAAAUCUUAAAUGUUGUUUGGCCGUCUAAAGUUGUAGAUAAUGAAAAACUGCUGAAUCUUCUUGCAACGAUUCAAAAUAAAAGCACACACGAAGAACUACGCUUUGCUGGACAGUUAAAAGAUAAAAAUCUUGCUACAGCAGAAUAUAAUGUUAAAGUGAUUUCUGGAAUGAAUACCAACAUGUUGUUUGAAGAGCCUGAAAAUUGCAAAGAUGGUGCUUAUCACCACACGAACGAUGAAAACGGUAUCACUAUUGAUCUUGGUGUGGUAAAAUUCUUCAAUAACAUAACAAUGUUUAUAAAGGAGUCUAAGGAAGGUUCAGCAUCAUCCCCUAGCCUCUCCCUAGCUAUGGCCUUGUCUAGGGGUUAUGAAAUAUCCAGAAAAUAUGAAAGUACCAAAUAGUCCAAUGGCCUCCAUUGCUGUACGUCCUUAGGUUAUCUUCGAUAAGAAAAACAACUUGAAAGCGUGUAUGUUUAUACAUCGGAAGAAUGUCACGUAGAAAUUAGUACGAUUGGAAUGAGUUCGUCCCCCCAAAACAGAGAAUUAAAACUAUUAAAUACUUAGUAAACUACAAUCGACUAAAAUGUUCUGAAUAUCAUUAUUAUAAUUUUUAUUAAAUAAAGACGUUUGUAUUUUCUUAUUUUCCAGAAAAUGUGGUGACUCGUUCAUAAUUUGAUCAAUACAAAACAUGAAUGCAAUAAUAAAUCACAAGUACGGACUCAUAAUAUUUUGUACAUUUUAGAUAGGGUUUAUUCGGCAAACUUUUGAGCUGACGUCACCAAUUUUUUGGAGGGGAGAAGUUUAUAUAUUUUGAUAAAAAAUUUACCAUGCUUAUCAUAACUUUAAAACAUCUACAAGCUUUCAAAGCAUUCCAUUUGCAGAUUCAAAAUUAAAUUGCAAAAUGUUGUUCUAUAAUUUUGAUUUUUUUUCCAAAAAUCUGGACAUUUUGGCUAAAAACUCAACACGUAGUCAUAAACUAGAUGUUAAUAAAAUACUAUUUUAACUACAGGAUAUUUAUAAAAGAUAGUACUAGUUCAAAUUGGCCUUGAGAUUUCGUGAAUUUUGCGCCUCGUUGUGAUGAUCGACGACAAUUCAUCGGCUGUCCAAAAGACAGCCAUAACCAAAUUUUAAUAAAUGUGACAACGUCCGCAGCAAAAUGAAGCCACUUUGAACACUUCUUAUAGAAAUACUUUUCCUACCUCUAUAAAACUAGAAAGAAAUAUUAAUAAUGCCCUACCGUUAGACCGAUAAUAGAAUGUUCGAACAAUUUCUAAGCACGAGUGAUGUUGGAAAAGAAAAAUCGACCGGUCAACGUACUGUUGCUAUACCAGAUGUUGACAACGCUAGUCAUAUUGUAGAACAAAAUCUACGUGGUUCUGUUCCUCGCUUAUCCCAAUAAAUAGGUUCCAACUGACAA